AAGUGCAAAUGUGAUGAUGUCGAUUGAUAAAUAGAAACAAAAAAUCCAAUACAAAUGGUAUGUUUUUAUUUUCGUCAUGUGAGUAGGGAUUUCCCAGCGGAUGAGCUCGGCAAGUGAAAUAUUUCAGUAUCGGAGAAGUUUCAAGGCCGUAAACUGUAGCACAUGAUUCUUUGACUUGACCCACAGAUACACAUGGCUCCCAGAGGACGAGGAUUCGAUGCGACCUGAGGGACCCAGAUCACUGCUGCAGUCUACCAUACCCCGCCGAGGCAGUAUCCACAAACCAAAGCACGUCAGUUUCGCUCGUUCUCACACACUGACAUCGUUCGAUGUCGCUCCAAUAAGCAAAAGUCCACCGAGAGCACAAAAUCCUGAACGAUUAAUUGACUCUCAGCCGACCCUUCAAGCAACUCUGCCCCCAGUACCUGCACUGUAUCCACCACCAGAGCCGAAGAUUCUGGUGCUGGGGAGACGAGGAAUCAUGAAGACACAAGCAACACAAACGGACAUUGCAAAUUCUCGCAGACCACCCCUCACUCUGAGUCCCAGGACAAUUCACCGGGUGAAAAUGGUGUCGCAGGGUGCGCAAACAAAUGGCAUCAUCAACGGUCGCAAGCUGACAAAGAGCUUCUCAGAGGCGGGCCAGUUUGGCGGGCCCUUGGGCGAGGAGAAGUCCGAGCACGAGCCACUCCAGAGGACUCAGAGUGAAGAGCCACCGAGAUCUCCAUUUUUAGUAGAUACACCACCGGCAUCACCACGACUUGAACGACUUAAUGAGCACCUAUUGAAUGGUGACAUCGAGAGGGUCAGGGACAAGUACCGGGAGGAUGAUGAAGAGAUACUGAUUGACUUCAAACCUGCCCCAGUAUCACCAGACGCUCGUGCCAUGCUCCAGCAAAUGCCUGUUAUCUGCAUACGACCCGUUCGACUCAUUAAGACGCUAUCUGAUGGCGAGAUUAGGGUGGAGAGAAGAGAACUCAUUGACGAGGCUGGUGCACCCAGUUAUCCGCACACGUGUAGAAGGAAUUAUCAUGAUCCGUGGAGUAGGUCAACGAGACCUCCCAUCCAAUUCUCAUCGACACCUGAUGAUCUAUCGUUGCUGAGAACCUCAUCACCGCUUAAUGAUCAUCGCGAAGAGGUAUUGAAUCAUCAAUACUUUUCUUUGGAAUUGUUGAAUGAUGAUUUAUUUUUCCAGGAGUUCCACGAAAACAUUAUCCGACGUGGUUUAUUCCGCAAGCGUAGUAUCUCUCUGGAGGAUGGUGUACAGGAUUUACAUUCCAGUGACUUUAGCCUUCCCCGCUCAUUACCAACAUCACCAACGUCCCCUACCGCCACUCCAGCUCACCGAGUGGCGGAAAGUCCGCGGUACGCAAUUCAACGUCCUAAUUUCUUGAGAACGUGUCCAAUAAUUGGUACGGCGUCGUCGCCAUUUGCUUCAAGUGAUUCACUGACGAACGACGUUACGAAGGACCACAGUGACGGCAUCUGGAAUGAAUCCCAAGCAACUGUUCUCCAGGCCGACUGCCUAGCCUUGCUAACGCCUUCCUCGCGGAGGCGCCAUUUGCUUCUGCUACAACAUCAGCAGAGGUCAUCAAUGGAUACGGAAGCUUUGGAUGUUGAGGACGAGCUGGAGCUGUCGCCACCUAGCCCCAGGAUUCGAUUGCAAACAGCAACUCCCAUAAUCCUGACACCCAACGAUCCUCCACUUCUCGUGACGAAUGGCAGGCCCAGAAGUGGCCUCCUUCGUCGUAGCCCUGGUCCUCCAUACUCUCAACCUCAAUCUCAAUCAUCGAGCGAAAUCGCCCUCAGCCUCGGAAGGACGGACUCUGGAAGAACUCUCGCUGGCGAUUUGUCCGAAGCCUCGACAACUGAAGACUACGUGACCGCCAAUACGUCGACAGGCACUGGAAACACAACCGGUACAUCAGCAACCCCUAGCUCAUGGUCAAGACCCGGUCUCCAUUACUCAUCUAGUACAGCGCCCUCUGGACCCACUUCCACCACUGCCACAGCUGCCGACGGUAGCUCAUUUGAAAGCGCUAGUUCAAUUUACAGUUUGGCAAGAAGUGAGGCCGUAGUGGAGGAGCCGGCGAGCCCCAAGGCGAUUGUCGAAGAGCUGGAGGUUCCACUCGAUCUGAGUGAUAUAGUGCCACCAUCACCGGCGAGAUCUACGAGCAGCAGUAGUUCAGGAAGUUAUGACCUCGAGGACGCCAUGCCUGAGCCACCAAAUGAGAGUUAUCAAACUGCCCCUCUGAGCGGUCACACGUCUGACGUCGAACUUGAACAAGACGAAUAUUGUAAACGAUUGUUGGAUCAUCGUCGUUUGUCAUCAGGGGGUUACAUUGAAUCCCCACCAGAUCCGCCCGGGUGGACCGAAGAGGAGCGACGAAAGCGACGGAAAACUUUCACCCUUGAUUUCCAGGACAGCCUGGAUCUGGAUCAUAGUCAUCAGGACAAACCUGAGGGAUUCGUUGAUAGCGCUGAUGUCAGCCCAACCCCUUCACAUCGACACAGACCCAGGGGCAAGAACAACGCCAAUCGAGGGCAAUACCGAAACAAUAGAAGACGGGAUUCCGUCCAGUCGACGCUGUCGACACUUUCUAGGAGUCCACAAAAAGAGGAUUGGCCUCGGGAGCCCAUUGGCGAGCUUCAGAUUCCAACGUCCGACGACUCUAGCUGCAGUCAUCACUAUCAUCUGCAUCAUUAUCAUCAUCCGCAUCAUCUUCAUCGAGACAAUCAGGAGGGCAGACAUCGAAGGACUAGGGAAAGUCCCAGAAGGAAAGCCGGAGGACAUAAUGCAUCAAGGCGGAAGAGUAAUGAGGAUAAGAACGCGGCGAUAACAGGCAGCCUCCCGAGAAGACGAACUCGUCCUCCGGAGGACGUCUGCUCAAGUCGCUUAAGCCCUGGUGGCAGAUAUCAGCGGGGUUCAGGUCACAAUGGGCACACAACUGUACUUGUCAAGUCUCCAAGUCCUGAAGCCAGACUGAAAGCCCUAUCAGCUGAGUCCCUGCGGUCCGUAUCUCCCGGUAGCGACAGCGUCUUCUACAGCGAGGGGGCCGAUCAAUCUUGCCUGACUGCUCACGACUCCCAUCAUUGCCAUAAUUGCGGGAAAGAGGUGACGGAGGAGAUAGUUCAGCCACCGGCGGGUUUUGCUGACUCACCGGAAGGGCCGCGAACUGCUGUGUCGAAACACGCGAGUCACAGGUUGUACAAGAAAUUCGAUAAGAGAUACAGGUCGGAGGAUCGGGCGGAGAGAAGAUAUCAUCGGAAUAACGGGCGGUCUGAUGCUAGAGCUAAAUCAGAAGAGAGAGGUGGCAGAUCAUCUAGCAGAGGAUCUAUUGAGGAUGGCAUCAGGCGACGACUCCAGGCUAGAAGCACUGAUGUCAGCAUGGAAACCCUAGCAUAUCGGGAAGACGAGGACUCGUAUGUUGAGCCGUACACAGGUAAUGAGUGGAUUUACAUCGGAGAGCUGGAGGAAAGUCAUGUAUGGAAGCGUCCGGACAGUCGAGACGGUGACGACGAGUCUUCGGAGGGUCCCAUUAAGGACCGUCGAGGUUCUCAAGGUUCCACCGAAAGCGAAAAGGGCUUCCAAAAGAAGUACCAAGCAGCCACGCACAGAAUGGUCCACCGAAAGAGCAGCGGAGAAAUGUACAAACGCAUACAGAGCAAAAGUUUCGGCGUUGAAUAUAGGUCUCAUAAUGCCAUCCUAGUAACAGCUAAAUAUAAUGUAGCCCGGUGUUACCAUUUCUCUUUCUCUGAUGGCAACAUCUUUUGGACUGGUAUUCGAGAGUGCGUGUUGGUUGGGGUCGUGGUACUCUAUAACAGUUUCGGUGAUUCGGUGGGGGCACAAGUGCCAGCACCCAGCAAACUUCGAGACUUCUGGCUUCAGCAGUCAGUGGGUCACGGUGGAGAGCAUUCCAUGCUUAUACUGCUCUGUAUAUUUGCUGUAAAGUGGCGUCAACUUUUUCAGGAAAAAUCACUCGAGCUUCACACCCUCCUGAACCUUUUAUGCCCGGUGACUGAUUGCGCUGAAGCUUUGGUUUGGAUCAGGCGAUCUUCAAUUGAAAAGAGUUUAAGUGGUUUUGGCAAUUAUUGGGGGCUCAAAGUGAGCGCACUAGGCCCAAAAAUGGUGUGCGAUUCAGCCGGGGCCGAUUGUCCACCUAGUCUUGGUGAAGACAUUUCCCUGAAAAAGUCCCUCGAAGAGGUUCUGAAGUGCAUGCUGAGGGUGUGGUGCAGGGAGGAACAGGCCCUGACCAAACUCGGCUCGACAGCACAUGAGAGUGACAAAACGGUGAUAGUGAAGCGAGAAGCUGGUGGUGAGUUCGGCUUCAGAAUUCAUGGCUCAAAACCGGUGGUUGUAUCAGCGAUCGAGCCUGACACACCUGCUGAGUCGUCUGGUCUUGAAGUGGGUGAUAUAAUAAUGUCUGUUAAUGGAAGAAGCGUAAUGGAUGCAACGCACUCGGAAGUUGUGAGACUCGCUCAUUCAGGACCUGAUGUACUGGAGUUAGAGGUCGCCAGAACGUGCAACGUACUGGCACCAAGAGUUAGCAGAGGACCAAAGGAAACAGUCGAGACACCACUGUGUUCUGGGUAUUUAUGGAGAAAAGCAACAACUGUUAAUUCCAGUGGGUCUAGCUCAGACAAGUGGGUGCGCAGAUGGUUCGCGUUACGGCCCGAUAACUGCCUUUAUUACUACAAGACAGAUACGGACUCCCAACCAGUUGGUGCAGUAAUGCUUUUAAAAUACGAGGUUGAAACAACACCGGAUGUCAAGUCUCACAGUUUUGUCAUCAGGAAACAAGGCGCACCAUCUCAUCAUCUAGCUGCGGAUAACGAGGACUCGAUGCAGAAAUGGAUAACAGUCAUACGUGACGCUGUGCAGAGGAAUAAUCAGGCUGAUACGUGGCUGGACGCAUCGUUGAGAAUGCAGCAGAUGCCGGCCAACGCUAUUCAGCGACCCGAUUGCUUUGGUUAUCUGAGUAAACAGCAGGAUCGCGCUAGGAAAACAUCAUCGCCGACGGGUUGGUCAAGGCGCUAUUGUGUCCUCAAAGAUGCAGCUCUCUAUUUUUACGAUGAUGCCAAUGCUGAAAAAGCAUUUGGUGUUGCUUGUCUUCAUGGAUUCAGAGUUCAUGGAUCCGCGCCCAAUUCUGGAGGACGAAAACACGCGUUUGAACUACAACCACCUGAUCCCACUCAACGCAGCUACACUUUCGCUAGUGACAGCGAAAUGGAAAAGAAACGGUGGUUAGCAGCGCUUGAGUACUCGAUCGACCGUUGGAUAAAGGUCGGCUGACGCGUUUGCCAACAAAUCGCCCAAGAGUAACGCAAUGUUCAAUGCUCAUCGAAUGUAAAAUAAAAAUAAAAAAAAUUCGGAGAUGCCCACAUCAGCCGAUUCCGAAAACGGAAGUUAAUCGAAAAAAAAAAAAUAAUAAAAUAGAAAUCUGUAGCGAAGAGAUGGAAUGGUUCUUUCAGUAUAAUCUUUUAUGUGGUGGCAGUCGGUAAGACGCGUUUUCGGCCACAAUGACAUAAAAUAGCAUCAUAUCCACAGCGAAAAAAGUGAUUCUGAGUCACUUUUUCCAUCUUAGGCGUGAAAAAUACUAUUUCCGUACUGGCUCUCACGAUUUCUCGUCUGGUACUAUAUACUUCCCAAACUCGAAAACUUGAAAAUCAUUACGAACUUAAAAUACUAAAUAAUAUACGGGUUUUUGGGAUCGGAUUUUUUACUAGUGUGGUUGGCCAGUUCUCGCCUUCGGCAAACAUAAGUAAAAAAACCCCACCCUAACAGGCUGGAAAUAUACUAUUCUUGUCUCAGCCCAUCCUCGAAUGUGUUUAUUCAGAAUUUCAUGCAUUUCAAAAAAUUAAUUUUUUCCUCACGGGGAACUAUUUAUCGUGCCUAAUUUUUUAUUUCAGUUUCACUUUGCCAGUGCAAAAUAUUUCUAAAUUUUAGUGUCAAAUUGUUUGACGGCAACAACUCCAAUGGUUGGUACUUUUUGCAUAAGGAUCGCGUAUUAUUAAUGAUUUUUCUGUAAGCUUGAUAAAUCCCUUGGAAUCGAUACCUCAAUGUGUCAUCCGUCAACAAUUUUUCCUCUUUUUUUAUCAUUAUUUUUAUAUAACCAUUGAAGUAGUUUGCGCAACAGAAUUUGAAAUCCAAAUUUAUAAAUAUUUUACACUAACAAGAUAAAAUUCAAACCAAAGAUUACGUCCGAUCAAUAUUAUAUGCGAGUCUUAAAGAGUUAUAGCCGAUAUCUUCAAAUUUUCUUAUGUUUUCUGUGGAUUUCAAUGACUCACAGAUGUUCAUAGUCGUGCCCCUAUUUUUCGAAAUUUUUGGUAAAAUUUUGUGAAUUUUUGCAAAAGUUCACUGUAAAUGUAGGAAAAUUCUUCUACCACGAUGAAACUUCGUGAAACAUUAAAUAAUUGUAAAACUUGAAAAUGGUAGAUUUUUUCCACGUCAAUGUUAUUAAACGUUUCGUAAAAUUUAAUACAAAUAAUUGAAAAAUGAGAAGAUAUCUCCAAUGGCUCUUUAAUGUGAGAAAAGUUAGAAAAUGGCUUAUUUCUUGUACACUUCGAUAUACUUCUGAAAAUUUCCUUCUGGAAAUUUCCUUCUGGAAAUUUCCUUCUGAAAAUUUUCAGAUAGCCAUUAUCUGUUCGCUACAGAAAUCAACAAAUUAAAUUCCCGCCGUCCCAGAUUGUGCAUCCUCACUAACAUAAGUUACAAAAUAUCAAUCGAAACUAGAUUAUCUAGAUGGACUAUUGUCCACCAGAAUAACCAAUCAUCCAACUCAUUAUUUCUCGACAUAACAAGAUUAUCUAAAUAUCCUGUGCUUGACCCUAUUCUGUUUUGAACUAUUUAUAUUCAUUUGUCGGCCCCUUACCAUCGAUUAUUAUAAAAAUAAUAUGUACGUUAUGUAUUUAUUUAGCCACGUGCACAAUUGCCAAUGCUUUAGAGUCAUUAUUGUUGUUAUAAUCGAUUAAAAAUAUUGCAGUAAAACAUAAAUCGAUAUUAUACAUUAUAUAUAUUAUAUUGUAUAGAGAAAUUCUAACAGCGAGUAUUCAAGAUGAUUAUUUUGUUGACGCCGAGUGAUGUGUGGAUUAAUAAGCGAGCGAAUGGAGCAAUAGUUGUUGUUUAUUCAUAGGUUUAUUAUCGCAUAAUUAUUACGAUGUAAUGGAACAAUUAGGGAUAGGAAAAUUGGAGGAAAUUAUCGGAUGAAUGGAGAGUGUUUUGAUUUUGUUAUUCGUGAUGUAAAUGGGGGAAUUGUGCGUCGACUUUUUCAGUUUCAUGUGGAGAUUUAGAACAGAGAAUUAUAUGGAUUUUAUGUAUUUUAUGGAGCUAUGGAAGAAAUAUUUAGGGAUAUUAACAAAGUUUUAGAGUUAUUGGAUUGUAAUUUCGUCGGGGUGAAAUGUAGAGGGAAAUAUUUGAAAAUUUAUAUUGAAAUUCUCGCCGGUGAUAGGCUUUUUUAUUGGCAUGAAACAUCCGACGUUUUAUGGAUGUGUUAAUUCGAUAAAUUUUCAAAUUUUCACUUUUAGUGAUAAAAACGAAUAUCUUAUGUGUUCUGGCACAUUUAGCCACAAGAAUGAUUUAAUAAAAAUACAAAGAUGGAAUGUAAAUUUUGAAAGAGAUAAUCAUGAAAUUAAACGGAUAUGCAAAAAUCGCUCAAAAUGUAAGAUAAUAAUCAAGACUAAUACCAGAUUAUAACAGCUGCCAAUGGCGUCAUUGUAUGAUAGCAACCCCAUUUGUUCAUCAUUUAAUAAUUGGCUGAUGAUUUUUUCAAGAUUCGACGGAAAAUUCAGCUAUGGUACAUUUUUAAUUUCAUAAUACGAAUUAUCGAUCCCAGGAAAUUGUUUCAACAUGACUAGUAAUUCAACUGGAACGUAACAAUUGGAAUUUCAAAUAAUUGCACGCUGGAAAAAAUCCAUGAAAAAUCUUUGUGCUUUGUUUAAGAAUUUCUCUCAAAUUUUUAAUUGUUCUAUCAGAAUGCUAUAAAAAUGAUGCAACAAGACUCGCAUGUGUGAAUGAACAUUUUAUAGGAAAAGAAACCUAUAGAAGUUGAUGUGUUUACCUAAUAUCCUCUUAGGAUUUUAUCUUUGAAAAUUUAAGGGCAUGAUUUUUCAAUUUUUAUAAAUUUUAUGUGAAUUUAUUGAAUUUAUCUGCAACAUUAUCAUGAGAUAUCUGUGGGAAAUAAAUCUGUUGACUGUUUUCUAUCGGAUAUCUCUCUUAUACGAUAAAAUUGCAUAAUCGCCAAUCGAAUUUCUCCCCUAAGAAUUACAAUUCUAAUAAAACUUCAGUAAAAUUUAUAUAAACUUCCAUCAAAAAUUUAAUGGAAAUUCUUUUGGAAAACACCACUAGGUUUUUUGUAUCGACAUUUUUCAUGUGUAUCAGAAUGUUUAUCGAUCGUAGUCCUUAUCGGUAAGAUUAAUUCCCUUUGGUACUGGCAACCAUCGGUCAGCACUGACUCUUUAUUAUCGACUCACGAACAAUUAUUUGAAGACAGUAAAAACAUAAAACCAAAAAAUUUUUGUAAAGUAAACCACUCAAACCGUAAGACCACAAUAAUUCACAAUAGAUGAAAAAGGUGAAUUAAUGUAAAUAUGAGGUCAGUGUGCUCACUUUAUAACGCGUUCAUAAUGCGGUUUUGAUAACAAAACCGAGGAGAGAAAAAAAAUCCAAAAAACAGAACCAGCGCUUACAUUUUCAUUUUUUAAAGAAUUUGUUAAGAAACGUUGUUGUUGUAGAACCUAGAGGUAAAACGUUGUGUUUAUGCGGUAGAUGCCCUUUAGUGGAGAAAAAAAUAAUUAAGAAAAUGUGGUGACGUAUGAUAAAAUAAUUAAGUAAAGUGUGAUAAAACAAUCUUCAAACACCUGAGAUAACGACGAAGAAAAAUAAUAUUUGGUAAACAAAGCGAUAUUGUUUACCUGAAACAUUUCCUGUGUUUUAGAAUAAAACAGAAUG